UCCCUCUCCGCGCCCCCGCUCUCUGCAGCCCUUGCUCGGAUCUGGCCGCUGCUGUGGAUCGCGCUCGCCCCUCCUCCGUGUUGCGCUGUGCCCGGGCGCGCUUCUGGUUCGCCUCAUUCCUCCCGAUCAGGGAUCGUGCGUUUCAUCUACCCGGCCGCCCGAAAACACCACGGGAAAAAACAGCUACCUCGAGAAAUACUAUCCGCACCCUUUAUUACUUUUUUUUUUUUUGGUGGUGAACAAAACACCCCCCGCGCAUAAAAACAACCAAUAAUCCGGACAAUAUGAACCCGAGCUGCGGCAGGUGUGGAAAAGUCGUUUAUCCGACAGAGAAAGUGAACUGUUUGGACAAGUAUUGGCACAAAGCAUGCUUCCACUGCGAGGUGUGUCACAUGACUCUCAACAUGAAGAAUUACAAAGGCUACGACAAGAAGCCGUACUGCAACGCUCACUACCCCAAGACUUCCUUCACCACGGUGACCGACACUCCAGAGAACCUGCGACUGAAACAGCAGAGCGAGCGGCAGAGCCAGGUGCGCUACAAGGAGGAGUUUGAGAAGAACAAGGGGAAGGGCUUCAGCGUGGUGUCAGACACUCCAGAGCUGCAGAGAAUCAAGAAGACCCAGGACCAGAUCAGCAACAUCAAGUACCAUGAAGACUUUGAGAAGAGCCGGAUGGGUGGGCCGCUGGAGGGGGGGGAGGAGAGGAGGAACUCUCAAGACGGCGCCAUCUUCAGGAGACCCCCAGAACCACAACACCCCUCUCAGCCCAGCACUUCGGCCUAUCAGCAGAGCCCCCAGUCCUACAGCUUCCCCCAGUCGGCUGCCACCCCAGCCCCAGCCCCAGCCCCGGCCCGUGCUGCUGCUCCCUCCAGUGGAGGGGUGCGCUAUCGUGCGGUCUAUGACUAUGCUGCAGCAGAUGAAGACGAGAUCUCGUUCCUGGACGGUGAUGUCAUCCUGAACGUGCAGGUGAUUGAUGACGGUUGGAUGUACGGCACGGUGGAGCGCACCGGAGACACGGGCAUGCUGCCCGCCAACUACGUGGAGACCAUGUGACCUGGGGGGGGGCAUGUGACCUGGA